GCUUCAUAGAUAUUUCUAGCUUGAAGUUUCAUGUGAAGUUAAGGCGUUGUAGGCUACUCAGUAUUCCAACUGCAAACUAAUGCAUAUUUUUCUCGGUUAAUAGCCUAUUUCUGAUCACAUGACUCGACCCUUGGCAGUUUUAAAAGUGAAAGUAAAGGUUAGAAAUGAAAGUAAAGGUUGAUCUGUCGACACAACUGACGAGCGUCGCCGAUAAUUCGCUUUUACCAUCAUUUAUAGCAGACAUGACUAUUUCAUUCGUCAAUUUUUUUGUAUCUUUUACACCUGAAGAUGAAUCUAUCGAACUGUGUUUUUAUCUCAGUGCUGCUGAUGAUCGCUGAUGGUUUUACAUUGCGUGGUCCCUCUGGUCCUCUGGUUGCUCCUCUGGGAUCUUCAGUGGUUUUGCCCUGUUCUGUUGAUCAACUUUUAUCAGUGGAGGGUCUGGAGGUGGAAUGGAGAAGAACAGACUCAGACACUUUAGUUCAUCUGUUUCAAGAUGGUGAGAGUCGAGCAGAAUCCCAGCAUCACAAUUAUCAGGAUAGAGCUCAUUUCUUUACUGAAGAGAUUCAGCGUAGAAACUUCUCUCUCCGUCUGGACAAUCUGACAGCUGAAGAUGAAGGACAUUAUAAAUGUAAUGCUUACAUUCAGCAAGAAUCUGGAGAAACUGUGGUUGAAAUAAAAGAUGUUGAGCGUCUGCUAGUAUCAGGAUCAAGUCACUCCAUAUCUGCAUCUGUGGGUGAAGACGUCACUCUGAGCUGCUCUGUAGACUCUCACAUCACACCUGAAGACUUUGAAGAGGUUUCAUGGAAGAAAACAGAUGAAGAUGAAAACAUCCUGGUUCUGGUCUUCCAAAACAAUGAGACUUUAUCAGAUUCAUCAGAUGAGCGAUACAGAGACAGAGUUGAGUUCUUCACUGCUGAAAUCCCCAAAGGAAACUUCUCUCUCAGACUGAAGAGCGUCAGAACUGAGGAUAAAGGAGUUUACAUGUGUAAGGUGUUUGCUGGAGAUUUAUCAGCCAACACGACUGUAAUCGUGGAACAAAUGGGUUUUUCUGUUUUACACAUAAUGGUGUUGAUUCUCUGUAUUGCUGCAUCUGGAUCUGCACUGCUGCUCUGCUGUCUGAUCUACUGCAGAUCACAAAAUGAUGAUUUCCUUCUUCAGAUGUCUCUAGUCAUUUGUCCAAAUAUUUUUUUAUUUAUUGCUUUUGUCCUCUGGGGUGUUACCGAAGGAUCUCUGAAUGAGACAGUUGCUUGUUGCACUCUUUAUUUUCUGAGACCUCACAUGUUGCUUUCAGGUGCUCCAGGUUUUACAGGCAACGCUGCUCUACUGAUGUUAGAAUAUUUUCUUUUCUCAACUGUUAUUUAUUCAGUUCUUUUUAAAAAUGCCUGGGAAAAAAGUCUGAAUUUUGCAGAAUUUGACAGAAUCAUGAUAAUAGUCCUGUUUGUAAUAGUGCUUCUGCCAUGGCUCUUCAUUGUCAUUGCAGCAUUGGCUGUAAUCUUUGGAAAGCUCAGUGAACGGAUAUGUGUUAUAAUUGGUUUUCUGGCUGAAUUAAGCUUUGAUAUUCUGCCUUCAUUGCAAUUCAUCCUUGUGUUUUAUGCCUUUGGAUCUGCCAGUGGAGGAUUCUUCAUUGUUGCAGUUUUACCAGUACUGACAACAGUGACAAGAUACAAUUGGGACAACACAUGUGGGAAAGAGAUGGGCUGUUCACCCCUUGUCAGGAGAUAAGUGUGGUUAAUGAUGAUGUUAUUGAUGAAUGCUGCUAUGGUCUAUUUCUACAUCAUGGCUCUGGAAAGUGAGAAAGAUCGUAUUGGAUGGGCUUGUGUGAUUGGAUUUCUUCAGUUACUCUGGACAGUGUGGAUGUUUGACCGGUCAUUUAAUGAUACGGGUACAGUAUUUAUCAUCUGCUUUGAUCAUCUUACUCUCCUGUUGUUCUACUAACACAAUAGUUUGUUGUCUUCAAACCCUCUGUUUUUUUGUCUUUACGAAAGUUCAGGCAUCUGUUUGUUUGUUUUCAUAAUGUUAUAGAAUAAUGUUCACAAUGUUGUGAAAAUCCUGUUUUGAAGGUGUGUAUGGUAAGUAUUCACCCCCCUCAUAUUGCGCAAAUAACCUUGUGAUAUGUUGAAAAAUCACAUUUAUCUACAAGAUGGCUAUUUUUGUUUACAUUAUUUUUGCUUGAACUGGAAGACACUUUCUUUAGCCUUAUGAAGUCCUAUCUUACUUCUAUAAACUAUAGUUAAAAGAUAUUUAGUCUAGUAAUUAACAGUUAAAUACUGUCACACUGUAAAGCAGUAAAAGAAGAGAAAUCUUGAAAAAUAAAUACUAUCAAAAGACACUUUCAGUACUUGCAAUCAGUCCGUCUCAGAUGAGCAGUAGAAGAGUGAAUGGUUGUAGUCUGUCAGUCUCUGAAGAAAUUAAAGAAAUAAAUCAGAAAGAUAUUACAACAACUGUAUGUGGAGACUGACUGAAUGAAGAACCAGUAGUUUGAUCUGUUGUUUAAUACUGAUGUUUUUCUCAUUUUAACAUUUUAUUAAAUGUUUAAUUUUAUCUCUAUUUAUACUAAAUGAUGACAUUAAAUUUUAUCAGUCAAACGCACAGGUUUCCCUACGUUUGUUCCUGUGUACCUGUUCGGAUCAGUUGUUCUUGUGUUACUGAAUGCUGGAGUACUGAUGACUGAACUGAUACUGAAAACAGUUCAUGGGAAAGGAGCAUUGGGAGAUCUGAGGAUCGUUGUAUUUUCCUCUGAAUGCCUCUGUCUUUUACCCCUGCUAAUUUUACUAGUAUUUGAACCCUGUAAGUAUAAAUCCACAUUUAUUAUAAUUUCAGACAGUCAGUUAAACAGACAGUUGAAAUUAAAAACACAUCAUCAAAUGCUAACUCUCAUGUCAGUCUAAAGCCAUACAUGUCUUUGCUUAUUCAGUGACAGUAUCUGAGCUUGUCAACUGACAUUUGUGACCCUGAACCACAAAACCAUGCUUAAGUUGCUGUAGUAUAUUUGUAGCAAUAGCCAAAAAUACAUUGUAUGGGUCAAAAUUAUUGAUUUUUCUUUGAUGCCAAAAAUCAUUAGGAUAUUAAGUAAAGAUCAUGUUCCAUGAAGAUAUUUUUUAAAAUUCCUACUGUAAAUAUAUCAAAACUUAAUUUUUGAUUAGUAAUACACAUUGUUAAGAACUUUAUUUGGACAACUUUAAAGGUGAUUUUCUCAAUAUUUUGUUUUGUUUGCACCCUCAGAUUACAGAUUUUCAAAUAGUUGUGUCUCAAUAUAUUAUAUUGAGAUACAUCUCAAAUAUUGUCCUAUCCUAACAAACCAUACAUCAAUGGAAAUCUUAUUUAUUCAGCUUUCAGAUUAUGUAUAAAUCUCAAUUUUGCAAAAUUGAUCCUUAUGACUGGUUUUGG